AAUGGCUCCAUAGAUCGUUUGAAUAUCGUGACGCCUAUAAAAGGUUCAGCGGCCGGGCAGAGAAGCAGCAGUGCAAUCGAGGACAGGAUCGGACGCGAACAUGGGCAGAAUCAUCUUUUACGAGGACAGAAACUUCCAGGGUCGCUCCUACGAGACCAGCAAUGACUGCGCCGAGUUGACCUCCUUCUUGAGCCGCUGCAACUCGUGCCGGGUGGAGAGCGGCUGCUUCAUGGUCUAUGAGCGGGCCAACUUCCUGGGCCACCAGAUGCUGGUGCGCAGGGGAGAGUACCCCGACAACCAGCGUCUGAUGGGCAUCAGCAUGAGCGACUGCAUCCGUUCCUGCCGCACGAUCCCCAUGCACCGAGGCCCUUUCAGGAUGAGGAUCUACGAGAGGGAGAACUUUGGAGGUCAGAUGAACGAGCUGUUGGACGACUGCGACAACAUCUUGGACCGCCUGCGCAUGUCCGACUGCCUCUCCGCCCAGGUGAUGGAGGGCCACUGGCUAAUGUAUGAGCAGCCCCAGUACCGAGGCAGGAUGCUAUACCUGAGGCCUGGAGAGUACAGGAGCAUGAGAGACAUGGGCACAGGUCCCGUUGACAUGAGGAUCGGAUCCAUCAGACGCAUCAUGGAGACCUGUUAGGCAAGAGAGAAAGGAGCCACAGGUGGAAAAAAUGUGUAAUGGA